UCGGCCUCCCUCCCGGUUGUUUACAGUUUUUCCGUGUCACCAACAUAGGAGUUGAGAAAAGGCGAGAAAAUUUCAGUUUUCCCAAAGAUUUUCAAUGAAUCGAAAGAGCUGAGAGACGAUCGAAAGAGAGAGGCCGUUAAAAUAGAACCGUCCCCGAUUGACAAGAGUCCUGAGGAUCAGACCGACGAGUAGACACGUGUACCUUAGUUAUCCGAGUGGGUUUCCAAUAUUUCACCCACCCCCGGCAAGAUGAUGGUCCCGAAUAAAGAGAAAACUUCGAAACUGCUCGAACACCUGAGGAAAUUCCGCUUCCAGAAGAAACAAGGCUACACUCAAGAGCUCCAGAAUAUGCGGCAAGAGAUAGAAAAUUCAUCAAGGAGCCCUCAUCCUCGUGAAACAUCAGAAUCUGAUGAUGAAAAUUCUGUUAGCAGCAACAGCAAUUCAAAGUUCCCAUCAAGACCCAAUUCAGUGAAUGGGAAGUUUGAAAACAAUGGUGUACACUCAAUUUCUGAUUCAGAAGAUUCCCAAAGCCAGCAAUCACCAAAGAAAAGUAGAAUUAAAAAUAGGGCAUCCCUAAAAGAUAAUUCCCCAGAAUUAAGCACGAAAAAGUACUCGAGGAUAAAAAGACAAAGAAGUGGUUCGUCUUCGGAUGAAAAAUCGCCGAGAAGGGAAAAGAAAAGGCCCGCCAUGAAAAAAUACAAAUUUAAAGGAGCGGAGAAAAAGGUUGAAAACUUUUCUGAUGAAGAGGAUAAAUGGAGUGAUAGAGUCAUAGAAAGCAGUGAAGAGGAUAAUUCUGAUGUUGAGAUAUCUGAUGAUAUGACCCACUCGAAACAAAAAGUGUUUGACUUUCUGAAUACCGCAACAAAACUUGAGUUACUGCAAGUUCAGACAUGUACGGAGAAAAAAAUUGUUUACAUUUUUAAUCUCAGGCCUUUUACAGGAUGGAAAGAUCUUGUACUAAAAUUCAAAAGUGGGAAAAAUUUAAGCCCAGAAUUUUUAAAUCAUACGGUAAAAAUGCUGAAAAGUAGAGACAUUGUUGCAAGACUGAUGAAAAGGUGUUUGAAACUGGCCGUUUCAACAGAAAAAGCCAUCAUCGAAGGAUCAGCCAUGCUUGAAAAGCAACCUUCAAUUAUGACUGACAGCCUACAGUUGAAAAGCUACCAGAUGGUAGGCUUGAAUUGGUUGGCCGUCAUGCACAAUCAGGGUUUAAAUGGUAUUCUCGCCGAUGAAAUGGGCCUCGGCAAAACAAUUCAAGUCAUUGCGUUUUUAUCUUAUUUGAAGGAAUCUGGCUUUUCGAAUUGCCCUCAUCUUAUAGUCGUGCCGGCCAGUACUAUCGAUAACUGGGCAAUUGAAUUUACAAAGUGGUCACCGACUUUGAACGUCGUCAUUUAUCAUGGAAGUGCUGAUGAUAGAAAAGCUUUGCGAUACGAAUGGGCCAAGGACAAGUUCAAGUCGAUGGACGUCAUCAUAACAACGUACAACAUCGUUGGGAGCAAUCCAGAAGAAAAGAAAAUGUUCAGGAUCAUCAAUUUGCACUAUGUUGUUUUUGACGAAGCUCACAUGUUGAAAAAUAUGAAUACACAGAGAUAUGUAAACCUUUAUAACAUCAACGCAAAACGGAGAAUUUUGUUGACAGGGACUCCUUUACAAAACACCUUGCUAGAAUUAAUGUCUCUGUUGAACUUUGUUAUGCCAAAUAUGUUUUCCAGAUGCAUAGAUCAUAUAAAAGCAUUCUUUUCAAAAUAUAGAUCAACUGCUGAUGACGAUAUCAGUGCUUUUGAAGAGGAACAAAUCGACUUAGCUAAAAGAAUUAUGAAGCCCUUUGUCCUUAGAAGGCUUAAAGAUGAUGUACUUAAAGAUCUUCCUGAAAAAACUAGUACAGUGAUUUUUGUUCCUCUUGAAGAGGAGCAGCAAGAAAAAUAUGACAAUAUGUUAAAAGAGCUCAAGGAAUGGGCUGAAACCAAAGAAGAAGGUUUUAGCGUAUUGUCUUCGUUUAUGCAGCUGAGAAAACUAGCCAACCAUCCUUUAACAUGCCGUUUUCACUUUCAAGAAGAAGUGUUGAAGGAUAUUGCAGACCGUUUAGCUUCAGAUGAGACUUACAAAGAGACAAGAGAACAUUUUCUGUAUGAAGAUCUUUGCUACAUGUCAGACCAUGAUAUACACAAAUUAGCCAAAGAACACACAUCCAUUUCAAAAUUUAAACUGAACGACAAAUUUUUCCUCACGAGCGGUAAAUUUAAAAAGCUAGAUGAAAUAUUGCCCAAGUUAAAAUCAGAAGGUCAUCGUGUAGUCAUAUUCAGCCAGUUUCUUUUCAUACUGGAUCUUCUUGAAGAAUACUUGCGUAUUCGCGAUCACACUUUUGUACGACUCGAUGGCUCGACAAAUAUUUUAGAUAGGCAAGAAUUAAUAGAUAAUUUUAAUGAAGACUCGGACGUUUUUGUGUUUCUUUUGACGACCAAAGCCGGUGGAGUUGGAAUCAAUCUAACUUCAGCUGAUACUGUGAUAAUCCAUGAUGUCGAUUUCAAUCCUUAUAAUGAUAAACAGGCAGAAGAUCGUUGUCAUAGAUUGGGACAAAAAAGGCCAGUGCAAAUAAUGAGGUUUGUGAGCCAAGGAACAGUCGAAGAGAAAAUUUAUGCUUGUGCUCAAAGUAAACUGGAACUAGAACAGGGUUUAACAAACAAUAAAGAAGACGAGGAAGAUGUAGGUAAAAAUGUCGCUUUGCUACUGAGAGAGACCCUAGGGUUGAAAAAGUAAUCUCGUUAUUCAAGGAAUCCAUCACUCCCAUGAAAAAAUUAAAAACAAAACAUUUUAAUUUUAAUUUUACACUGAGGCACACAAAAAGAUAUUUUUUUUCAGAGGAACUUUCACAGCGGUGCCUUACUUGUGAUAUUAGACCUAAUGUACAAUAAAAUGUUUUAAAAAAAUUAGUAAUAAUUUAAAUUGGGUUGGUUGAA